AUGGGAAAAUGCCUCAAGCGGGACAUAUGGGUACUGGCAGGUUGCUGGGCUACAGUACUGACCGCUUCCACUCUCAUCACCUCCGCCAGUCCUCUCGCCGCCGUCUCCAUUGGCAUUAACCGUUCGGUCGCGCCGUUCACGAUCGGGAUGUUCCUGAUCGGAGCCGCGUUGAUAAGCGCGUACAGCGCUCAAAUAUUUACGGCGCUCGGCCGAGCGAAGGGCUUCGGCUUCGGCUGCGCGUUAGGACUCGCGGGUGGCGUCCUCGGUGCAAUCGCCAUGGAGGUGAGGGCGGCGUGGUUGAUCUUCAUCGCGUGCUUCCUCAUCGGAACGAGCCAAGGACUGGGGCAGUUCUACCGGUUCGCGGCGACGGAGAUCUGCGACGAGGACGAGCGCGCGCCGGCGGUCGCGCUUGUACUGAGCGGUGGGAUCCUCGCUGCCUUCGCGGGGCCCGAGGCGGCAGUAGGAGCCCAAUCAUUUCCGUGGCUCGGGCUGAACGCGAGGUAUAGCGGCUGCUUCUUGCUGGUCGCCGUCGCGAAUCUGAUCAACUACGCAUUGAUCGCGUGUGUGCGGUUCGCGCCGGUCGAAGCUCCCGACGAAAAGGAGACCCCGACGCCGCUCCGCGAAAUCUUUGGGAAGCCUGACUCCAUCUGUGCGGUCUCCGUCGCCACGUUCGCUCACACUUCGAUGGUGAUGCUUAUGUCGCCGCUCACACUAGCGAUGAAGGACGACGGGUUCCCGUUCCGACUCACCUCCCUGGCGCUCGAGUUGCACUUCUUUAGCAUGUACGCUCCUGGUAUUGUGGGAACAGGGUAUCUGAUCAAACACAUCGGGCCCUACGCGGCGUCGGGCCUAGGCUUCGUCAUCUUCGCCAUCUGUGCGGUUAUCCUCGCAAUUUCUCAGCAGUUGUGGAAUUUCAUCUUGGGCAUGGUGUUCAACGGCAUCGCGUGGAACAUAUGUUUUACGAGCGGUACGGUCUUACUGACAGCUUGCUACGAAAAGAAGGACGCGCUGCGGGUCCAGGGCAUCAACGACCUCGUCAUCUUCGGCGUCGCGGGCGCGGGGUCGCUGGCGUCGGGCUACGCGUAUACGGCGAUCGGCUGGGACGGGCUCGUCUACGUCGUCUGCGGCCUGAUGGGCCUGGCAGGCGUCUUCCUCGCUGGCAGCUACCGCGCCGCGUCGCGGCGCGCCGACGGCCCCGAGGGGUCGAAGAUCGGCUCCCUCAGCUUCACGAUCUCGCCCAUGACCGGCGGCUGUCCCGCGCCGGCGGGCAUGGUGGAGCCGUGGGGGAAGAGCGUGUCGUCGACGUCGUCCCGCUCGGCCGUUUAAGUUUUAUUUCAUGCCAG